AUGCCCGAGCAUAGACGAAGCGGCGGAAGCCGACUUCAUUCGGCAACUUUCGGCAAAUUUCGUUAUCCGGCGGCGGUACCCGAGAAAGAACGAAGGCAGCAGCAAAGUGACAACAUGAAGUUGAAGCGCAUUAUGUUCGGACGAUCAAUGACGUCAACGGUAGAAUCAACAACUCAUUCGCAGGAAGUGAAUGAUCAUUCGUCGUGUGAUGGCUAUGUUGGCAGCCAUGACGGCCCGCAUCUGACAGUAGCGUCAAUGUCAAACUCUGAAAAAGCAACGGAGAGGUUGUGCAGAUUGUAA